AUGGUAGGGGCCCAAGUGUCUAGAUGUUCUUGUAACAGUGACAGGCAACAAUGUACGACUCUUGCGCGGUCCGAUGCCUCAAGGACUCAGGUGGUUUCCACAGCAUGUAGCUUGAUAUACGAGAAGAACCAUGGUGUUGACAGCACAGCGGUGGAGUUGCUUCUCAAACCUGAUUCAUGGAACAUGUUUUCUGACCACCUUCAUACUUUUGGAUUCAAUGUGUUUAUUGUGCUGGUCGUUGAUCUUUUGCAUGAGUUUGAGCUUGGGGUCUGGUGCAUGCUUUUAGUUCAUUUAUUAAGAAUCCUUCAUUCUUCAAACAAGGAUCUGAUACACGAGCUUGACAGGAGGUAUAGACAGGUCCCCCCUUUUGGACGAGCGACCAUCAGGCGAUUCUCUGCAAAUACUUCAGAAAUGUCGAACAUGGCCACACAAAAUUUUGAAGAUCUUCUUCAAGUACGUGCGACACUUAAUUUAGGUCUUCGUGAACUAAUCUUGUAA